AGCCAGAAAAGUCAGGCAGUUCUCAGUGACAGCAAGAAAGACAAAGUCUCCCGGUGGCUGGGGCUGAGUCCAGACCCUGGGAGCAGCACUGCCGAGCUCCACCCAUUGCACUGUACCCUGUCCACCACUGCAGACUUUGACCUUGUGCUCAGACCCAGCAGACAGGCAGAGGGCAGAAGACAAGACUCCCCAGAACCAGGAGCCUCCCUCCAGAAAUAGGACCCCGGGUCCCCAGCAGCCGCCUUGAUUCUCCAGAAGUCCGGUGCGUGGGCUGACACGAUGCGUGUGGUGCUGAUUGGAGCGGGGGUCAUUGGGCUGUCCACCGCCCUCUGCAUCUAUGAGCGCUACCACUCAGCCCUGCAGCCGCUGGAGCUGAAGAUCUACGCAGAGCGCUUCACCCCACUCACCACCACCGACGUGGCGGCCGGCCUCUGGCAGCCCUAUCUCUCUGGCCCCAGCACCCCACAGGAGAUCUCAGGAUAUGAGGUGACCAACAUUCUGGGUGACCCUUUCAGGGAGUGGAACCAGCAGACCUUUGACUAUCUCCUGAGUCACAUCCACUCCACCAACGCUGACAAAAUGGGCCUGGCCCUGGUCUCAGGUUACAACCUCUUCCGCGAACCUGUUCCGGACCCUUUCUGGAAAGACAUAGUCCUGGGAUUUCGGAAACUGACUCCCAGAGAGCUGGAUGUGUUUCCCGGUUAUAGCUAUGGCUGGUUCAACACAAGCCUGAUCAUAGAAGGGAAGCGCUACUUGGAGUGGCUGACUGAGAGGUUGACCGAGAAGGGAGUGAAAUUCUUCCAGCGGAAGGUGGAGUCUUUGGAGGAGGUGGCCAGAGGCGGGGCGGAUGUGAUUAUCAACUGCACUGGUGUGUGGGCAGGGGCACUGCAGCCAGACCCAUUGCUGCAGCCAGGCCGGGGGCAGAUCAUUAAGGUGGAUGCUCCCUGGAUAAAGCACUUCGUUCUCACCCACGAUCCCAAGAGCGGCAUUUAUACAUCCCCGUACAUCAUCCCAGGGAUGCAAGCAGUUACUCUUGGAGGCAUCUUCCAGCUGGGGAACUGGAGCGAGAUAAACAGUUCCCAGGACCACGACACCAUUUGGAAAGGCUGCUGCAGGCUGGAGCCCACGCUGAAGAAUGCAAGAACUGCUGGUGAAUAUACUGGCUUCCGGCCAGUACGCCCCCAGAUCCGGCUGGAAAGGGAACGGCUUCGUGUUGGAUCUGCAAAGGCUGAGGUCAUCCACAACUAUGGCCAUGGAGGCUACGGGCUCACAAUUCACUGGGGCUGUGCACUGGAGGCAGCCAAGCUCUUUGGGAAAAUUCUGGAAGAAAAGGAGCUGUCCUGGAUGCCACCAUCCCACCUCUGAGAAGGCCAGUGACUGUCAGCUUCUCCACAAGGAUUCCCCGUUCCCCUCGACAGACUAAUCAGUCAGUGUGCUCCCCAGAAACCCUGUGCUUACUCCUUGCCCCCAAUCCUGCUUCUUUCUACAAAUGGGCCUGAAGGGAGAGAACCCACGUGUCCAACCCCACCUGCAGCCCCCUGAGGGCUGAGGUCACCCUUCUGUCUUUGGGCCUGACACUGUGAAGAAAAGCUGAGACUUUGUCCUGUGAGUCCUCAGAAGGAAGGAAAACUCAGUAAAUCAAACAGGCCAGCUUCCCAAAGGCACAGAAAUUGAAGAUGACUGAGGUUAAAUAACUUGACUAUAAGUCACAUGAACCUAUUAAAGGCUCUGAAAAAUCCUGCAGCAAA